UUGGGCGUUCAUGACUUUGAGUUCGCCUUUGCUGAUGCCUCAAUUCGAUGCGGACAACCUGAGGAUUAUAAAUUAGACAAGCCAUGCCAUCUCCUUCCAGGAAUGUAGGUAUGAAGCAUCUUUCAAGACAAAUGUUCCUUAUAUAAUCCGGUUCAUCUACAAAGUCCUUUUCAGACGCUAUAAAUUGAUCCUUACCUCACAAUCACAAAACCGCCUCUCCAAUCUCUUCAAAAAUGGGCUCAGGAGCUCCUUCCGGAUCUCACAGGCACCGUUCUCAUGGCUCUUCCUCUAAGGAGGGCAAGGACAAGAAGAAUAAGACCAAGACGACCCACGUGUGGUAUUGUUGUCAUUGCAACAGAGGUCCUCUGAACGUGGACAUCGAUGAUUAUUGCCCAUACCACGACUGUGGCUACCAACGCUGCGAAAACUGCACUUAUGAUAGCUUCAAGCAGCCCAAGUCCUAAUCGCCUAGGAGGUUCACCGAUACACGGCACACGACACAAACCUAACGACCGAGGGCUUUCACCCUCAAAACGGGAAUGUUUCUUUUUAUUCUGUAUGAUGGGUAGCAGGGCUGAGCGUAUACGAUUUGGAGUCCUGCUGGCUUUACUCGUUUUUUUGCUUGUGGCACAUCAACAAGAGGUUUUGCCUCACCAUGCUCUUGCUAGGGCGCGGCUUUGUCAAUGUACUAGACUAGACUUAGAAAGUGUGUUGCAGAACGUUAGAUCUCUGUUGGAAAUAAAG